AUGCUAAGGAUCUCUGAUGACGAAUACCGCGCUGAUAGUCCCAACAUCCCUCUUUCUCCCGGGGCCGACACAUCCAUGGAUCAACCGUAUAAUCCCGUUUCACCGCCGCACGACGCUCCUUCUUCGUCGAGAUCUCCUCCACAGGUUCAGGAUCCCGACACCUCAUCUCCACGAUAUCGGGAAAAUGACGAUGACGAAAAGAGCAAUGUAGUGGCUAAGAGUGGCUCUGAAAACAAUGAUGAUGCGGAUGAUGAUCGUUCUGAAAAAAGAAAAUCACCUGCUGGUUCGGAUGCUGAAGAUGGUAAAUUUUCGUGUUUUUUCUAGUU